GGCUGCCAGAGGCGUGCCGGGAGUGUGAAGGAGAGACUACACUAUGUCCAAAGACUCUUCACUUUCACCAGAGGUUUUAGAAACGAGGCUUCUGCAGAGGAAUCUCCCAGGCUGUGCUUCUACCUUCUGGCCUCACCAGUCCUCCGCUCCCCUCCCCAGAUCCCGGUUCCCACCCAACACUCCCGACCCGCACGUCGCCCCGCCUUUGCUCAGGCCCGGCCUCUGCGGAGGACCGGGAACGCCCCUUCACCCUCCCGGAACAGUCCUCCACAUCCGAGCCUCACACUGCUUUCGAUGCACUAAUUCCGAAUACCCAGCCUCGAAAAUAUCACGGGGACUCCCCGUCCCCUAAAAUGCCUAUCUCUUCUGGUUGGAAUGGGAGCCUCCAGAAGCAGUGUGAGGUCCUGGCCGGCGACAGAGUUCCUGGCGUAGCCCGAAUGACGCCAUUUUUGUUACUGGCAGAGCUCGGCUGGGAGGCUGUUGCUGAGCCUGCGAAAGAUAAGCUAAUGCGUCAUCUAGAGUUACCAAGGAGGGCUGGAGGGGAAGGGGGAAUUUCGGGUGAUGCUGAGCCUGCUUGUGGAAGCAGGGAGCCAAACUCGUCUUGAGAAGGAGCUUUGGGGUCCUGAGAGCAGAGCCAGGCCAUCAAAGAGUGGUUAAACCCAGCUUGGUCUCUGAAGACUCUUCUGUACCCCACUGCACCCCCAAUUGCUCUCCGAAGAGAAACAGAAAAUGACUGAGUCCCAGGAACCAGUGACAUAUGAAGAUGUGGCCGUGGACUUCACCCAGGAAGAGUGGCAGCACCUGGAUGCUGCUCAGAAGACCCUACACAGAGAUGUGAUGCUGGAGAUCUAUGGCCACCUGGUCUCUGUGGGGUGUUCAAGUAUAAAGCCAGGUGUAAUCUUCAAGUUGGAACAUGAAGAGGACCCGUGGAUCAUAAAGAGUGAAUUGUCAACGUGGAUCCACUCAGACAGGGAGAAAAGCCGUGACUCUUCCCAGCAGAUCAUUUCAGAAGAACGUUCAUUUCAAAAGGAGAUAUUGGAGAAAACCCCAAAAGAUAAUUCAUUGUACUCUCUCUUAAAAGCCUGGCCUACUGAUGGUCAGAUAGAUAGGUAUCAAGGAAACCAAGACAAGGUUUUGAAGCAGGUCACAGUCCUUGGCCAUGAAACAUUGGCCAAGGAGAAAACCCCCAAAUAUAAUACAUUUGGGAAAAUAUUUGGUGGGUGCAUAGACCUUGGCCCUUCAAGUAAAAAACUCCAUGAUUUUGAUUCAUGUGAAAAGAGCUUGAAAUCUAAUUUAGACUCACUGACAUGCAAUAGGAGCUAUGCAAGAAAGAACCCCAUUGAGAUAUUUGGAUGUGGGACACCACUUAGCUAUAGUGAUUCCUGUACUGUGCCUGAGAAAAUUUAUACUGACAUGAAACCCCAUGGACAUAGUCGAUGUGAAAAAGGUCUUAAUCAUGAACAAGUCCAUAUUCGGUAUAAGAAAGAUCAAGCUGGUAGGAAACCCAAUGUUUGUAGUGAGUGUGGGAAAGGGUUUAUUAAGAAGUCACAGCUUACUAUACAUCAAAGAAUUCAUACUGGAGAGAAACCGUAUGUAUGUGGAGACUGUGGAAAGGCCUUCAGUGAGAAAUCACACCUCAUUGUGCAUCAGAGGAUUCAUACUGGGGAGAAACCUUAUAAAUGUACUGAGUGUGGAAGGUCCUUCUCCCAGAAGUCACCCUUCAUCGUUCAUCAGAGAGUCCAUACUGGAGAGAAACCCUAUGAAUGUCUUGAGUGUCAAAAAGCCUUCUCUCAGAAGUCACAUCUCAUUAUACAUCAGCGAGUUCAUACUAGAGAGAAGCCAUUUGCAUGCAGUGAAUGUGGGAAAGCCUUUGGUGAGAAGUCUCACCUUUUUACACACCAGACAACUCAUACUGGAGAGAGACCCUAUAAAUGUAUUGAAUGUGGGAAAACUUUCCCUCGGAAAACACAACUCAUCAUCCAUCGGAGAACACAUACUGGAGAGAAACCCUAUAAGUGCAGUGAAUGUGGAAAAACCUUUUGCCAGCAGUCCCACCUCAUAGGGCAUCUAAGAAUUCAUACAGGAGAGAAACCUUAUAUAUGUACUGACUGUGGAAAAGCGUUUUCCCAAAAGUCACACCUUACUGGACAUCAAAGGCUUCAUACUGGUGAGAAACCUUAUAUAUGUACAGAAUGUGGAAAAGCCUUCUCUCAGAAGUCCCCUCUUAUUAUACAUCAGAGAAUUCAUACGGGGGAGAAACCUUAUGAGUGUAAUGACUGUGGUAAAACCUUCUCCCAGAAAUCACCCCUCAUUAUUCAUCAGAGAAUCCAUACAGGGGAGAAACCCUAUGAAUGUCCUGAAUGUGGAAGGGCCUUUUCCCUGAAGUCACAUCUCAUUAUACAUCAGAGAGCUCAUGCUGGAGCAAAACCAUAUGAAUGUAGUGAAUGUGGAAAGGUCUUCUGUGAGAAGUCUCCACUAGUUGUGCAUCAGAAAACUCAUACUAGGGAAAAAAACUCUAAAUCUGCUGAAUAUGGGAUGGCUUUUCCCCAGAAAUCACAGAUGAUCACGUAUCAGAGAACACACACAGGGGAGAAACCGUCAAAAUGCAGUGACUGUGGGAAGGUGUUCUGCCAGCAUAUACAUCUUGCUGGACAUCAGAAUCCACAUAGGAGAGAAACGUGUACGUACUGAUUGUGGGAAGGUCUUCCCAGAAGUCAGAUCUCACUGUGCAUAAAAAAACUCACACUGAACAGAAAUCUAUGGAUGUGUUGGACAGGAAGAAAAUGUGGCACCUCCUUUAUUGUAGAAUAGCCUCAUAUGCUGCUAAGUAUUUCUUUUUUUCUGUAAGGAUUUUGUAUUUAUUUAUUUGAGGGAGUGGGGAGGAGGAGUGGGAGAAGGACAAGCAGACUCUGUGUUGAGCUUGGAGCCCAUCGCGGGGCUUGAUCUCAGGACCCCGAGGUCGCUACCUGGGCUGAAAUUGACUGAGCCACCCAACCACCCAAUUCUGAAGUAUUUCUGAUUACCUCUCCACCGAAUGAUCUUGUCAGGCU